ACCGUCAAGAUAGCGACGUCCCUAGCGAACCGGAAGCACCUCCCCCUCUAUCCUUCCGUCCCCGGAGUGCGCGCGCAGCCUCGCGGGCGGAGUCGGAAGCGCGAGUGAGCGUCGCUCGGUCCGUCCGUCCUGUUCCUCCGUCGCUUCGGAUUCGGCCUCGGCGUCCUUCUUUCCGCGGCUUCCGUCUUUCGAGAUCCUGCGGGAGCACUUCGUCGCGCUUCACGUCGCGGGCAAUCAGUAGCGAACCGUGGCCCCGGGAACGCCGACGGAAAGGCGAAGGGUAAGAAGGGGCCAUCGGCAACGCAGGCAGGCCUCCUUCGGCGCAGCCUGACUGGAAAUGGAGGCGUUCGGCGGCACCGGCAGCCUGGAUGACAGCAUGUCGGGGGUCAGCGUUUCGGACGUGAACGACCGCCUGUGUGCCCUGGAGCUUCGCGUGCAGCAGCAAGAAGACGAAGUGACGGUGAUGAAAGCGGCGCUCGCCGAUGUCCUUCGCCGUUUGGCCGCUUCGGAAGACUCUGCUGCAUCUGCCAAGAAACAGCACGGAGCAAAAGGCGGAGGCACGGCCAACACGUGCAUCACUAACGGAGGAACGUCUGCACGAAAGAGAGAGACCGCCUCCGUCACCAGGAAGGAAACGCUGUCCUCCGUUGUCAAGAGCGAUUCCAGAAAGGAAGCGUCGGGCGUCCGCAGAUGUCCGAUGGAAGGGAUCCACGAGCGGGAGGAAGCUCCUCGCCGCGCCGAUGGCCGGAGCCCUGGCCCCGCAACCCCCCACCCUCCCCAAAGUCCACAGAGAAGCCAGCUCGGCGACACUAGUCAAAGCCACGCGCCCCCCAAAAGGGGUCCAAGGCGCUCGACAGGGAUGGAGCGUUCCCAAAGUAGCACCUGGGACACGUCUGACGACAACAGAAGCAAAUUGGUGAAAGCGGCGUCGACCUCCAAGCUGCUAUCCAAAGUGGUAAAGAGUGGCGACAGGCACAAAGAUCUGGUGGUGAGCCAAGCAUCCAAAAUGUCGACCCGGGAGAAAAACAGUCAAGCCGAAGGCAACCCCAUCAAGAUGUUCAUGCGGGGACGCCCCAUCACCAUGUUUCCGCCCUCAAACGUGGAAAACUACGACGACGUCCGCACAGAGCUUCCCUCUGAGAAACUCAAGCUGGAAUGGGUCUACGGUUACCGAGGACGAGAUUGCCGGGCAAACGUGUGCCUGCUACCCACCGGAGAGAUGGUGUACUUCAUCGCUUCAGUGGUGGUCUUGUUCAGCUACGACGAGCAAACCCAAAGGCACUACCUGGGACACACCGACUGCGUCAAGUGUCUCGCCGUUCAUCCCGAUAAGAUUCGCAUCGCCACGGGCCAGAUUGCCGGCGUAGACAAAGAUGGACGGGCCGUGCAGCCGCACGUUCGCGUCUGGGACAGCGUCAGCCUGUCCACGCUGCAGAUCAUCGGUUUGGGGACGUUUGAGCGAGGCGUCGGCUCUUUGGCCUUCUCCAGAGCUGACUCGGGUCAGCACCUGAGCGUGAUCGACGACAGCAACGACCACAUGUUGACUGUUUGGGACUGGCAGAAGAAGGCCAAGGUGGCAGAGAUCAAGACCACCACCGAAGUGGUCCUGGUCGUGGAUUUCCACCCCACCGACCCGAACACCAUCAUCACGUGUGGAAAGUCGCACAUCUUCUUCUGGGCCUGGAGCGGGACUUCGUUGGCUCGCAAACAGGGCAUCUUCGGGAAAUACGAGAAGCCAAAGUUCAUCCAGUGUCUGGCCUUCCUGAGCAACGGCGACAUUCUGACCGGAGACUCGGGAGGCGUCCUCCUCGUGUGGACCAGGAGCCCCACAGAGACUUCUGGGAAAGGACCGCGAGCCUUUCAGAUUGUUCGCCAAGUCAAAGGUCACGAAGGCAGCGUGUUCUGUCUGUGCGAGAUGAGGAGCGGCACCCUGCUGAGCGGAGGGGGCAAAGAUCGCAGGAUCGUCCUGUGGGACCACCGCAUCCGCGCCGAGCGCGACAUCGAGGUUCCGGAGCAAUACGGGACCAUCAGGGCCGUGUCUGAAGGGAAGGGAGACGAGUUUCUGGUGGGAACGUCCCGAAACUUUAUUCUCCGAGGAACCUUCCAGGACGGCUUUACGGUGGAAGUGCAGGGUCACACGGACGAGCUGUGGGGCUUGGCGUCGCACCCGUCCAAAGAUUUGUUCCUGACGUGCGCUCAGGACCGUCUGGUGUGUCUGUGGAAUUCCAGCGAUCACAAGCUGCAGUGGAGUCGUAGCGUGGAGGAACACGGCCACUGCGCGGACUUCCAUCCCAGCGGAGGAGUGGUCGCCAUCGGAACGCAUUCGGGAAAGUGGUUCGUGCUGGACGCCGAGACCGCCGACCUGGUCGCCAUCCACACGGACGGCAACGAGCAGCUGUCCGUCAUGCGCUUCUCCGUAGACGGUGCCCUGCUGGCGGUGGGAUCUCACGACAACUUCAUUUACGUGUACAACGUCGCCGACCGAGGACGCAAAUACAGCCGAUACGGAAAGUGCUCCGGGCACUCCAGUUACAUCACACACUUGGAUUGGUCACCUGACAACAACGUCAUCAUGUCCAAUUCCGGAGACUACGAGAUUCUCUACUGGGACAUUCCCAACGGUUGCAAUUACAUUCGCAAUCGCUCCGAGUGUAAAGACAUCGACUGGGCCACGUACACCUGUGUGCUCGGGUACCACGUCUUCGGCGUGUGGCCGGAGGGCUCGGACGGGACGGACAUCAACGCCGUGAUCCGAUCCCACGACAGAAAAGUUCUGGCGUUGGCCGACGACUUCUGCAAAGUUCACCUCUUCUCGUACCCGUGCUCCACACCCAAGGCUCCCAGCCACAAGUACAGCGCCCACAGCAGUCACGUGACCAACGUCAGUUUCCUGUUCGACGACAGCCACCUGAUCUCGACGGGCGGCAAGGACACCAGCAUUCUGCAGUGGCGGGUGAUCGACAGGAGCGGCCCGGCGGGACCGUCGCCUUCGACCCCGCCUCCGACGUCAGAGUCGACGCCGCGCUCCGCUCCGCCCGCCCCCGACAGUCCCGAAGACGGCUCGGACGCCGGCGUCGACGACAGGGUGGCGACUCCCCCCGCCCCCCCGUCGUAGGGGCGGGACGCCGUCCACCGCCGUCGGGCGUUCGUUUUUGUUUUGCCAAACGUGGCGCUCGGGCCCCUGGCGCUCCCGAGGUUGAGGGGGGUCGACUCCCGACGCCGCGGGGCUGCGGGUCGCGUGGCGGGUUUUCCUCUCACGUUCCAAAAACUUGAUUGAAGACUUCCAAACCGGGGGUCGCGACCUUUUGGAAAGUAGCAGCUGCUUAUUGAGGGAAACUCUCGUCAAAUAACACGUUUGGGAGACUCGUCAUGCUGACCUUCCGACUGUCUUGAGUUUUUCUUUUGAAUUUUUUUUUGCCCUUUCCAAAUGUACAAAUAGGAAUACCAACAGUCUGUUUCAUCUCACUGGUAGGUGGCACAAUUUUUAUUUUUUUAUUUAAUUUAAUUUUUUUUUUUUACAUGUCCAAGGUGGCGACCACUCCCCUUAAUCACCCACAAGUGUGAAUGUGAGCGGGGAUGUUUGUCUGCGACAUUAACUGGCGACCAGUCUUUUUAUCUGUCUGCGCAGCCGAUCCGUUGUUUGUUUUCAGCGAUGGUGACGAGAUGACGAUUUUAUUUGUGACUCCUCCCACACACCCCCCGGACGGUGACGGGCAAAACGAGGGUCAUUACCGACUAGAUCGCGUGACUUGUUGGGGCUUCCCCCGCCCCCCUUCUUACGAGGUGAAAGCGACAGCAGGUGCUUUGUGGGAUUUUCAAAAUGCAGCAAAUCCUCUGCAGGAAGGAAAAAUGAGGAGGAGGCCAAGCAGCAGCGGGAGGGCCACUCGGGCCACUUUCUUUCCCGUUUGAGCCUGCGUGUCUCUAUUAAUGAGUUAAUGAAUGUGGAAUUUGAAGUCUGCAUCAGUCAAAGUGUUGUACAUCAAAAUCAAUAGUUGCGUGCAUAUUCAAAUAGGGACGUGGAAAUUUUCAAGAUUGAUUAAAAUGUAUUAAUGCAGACACGAAAAUGUGGCCUUUUGAUUAGUUCCUGUAGAGUUUAAGCGUUGGUCCGUUUUGCUUUUGUUUUAGUUAAGGUUGUUCUAUUAUCCUAACGUGGGAGUAUUUUUGUCAAAAUUCUGAAAUGACUUCAAAAUGAUGAUGAAAUAAUGUGCAUUGUAUUAAUUUUGAACAAACUGUGAUGAAAAUUAGACCAAAAUCUGUGUUGAAUUUUUGCUGACUAAAACUGGAACUAAACGUUCACUUAUUGAAAUGACUCAAAUGUGACUCGAGGCGAAAAUGAAGACUCUGAUGUGCCCGGCGAGCGUUUUUGUCCUGUUAUCGACGUGACCCGUCGGACCUUUGAUGCUCUGGCGACCUGUCCGGGGUGCUCAAAGUCGGCUGGCGGCACUUCACGAGUCGUUCAUGUGACUUUUGUGCGGUUGCGUCUGCACGGGUGACUCAGUUCACGUGACGUGUGUGGCUCCAGGACUCAGUGCACGCGUGACUUAGUCCACGCUACGUACAUGCGUGAUUGCGUGUGAGACUCCGUCCAUAACGUGAGUGUGUGAGAGAGAAACUCCGUCCUCCAUGAUGCAAGUGCGUGACUCAGUCCAUGUGAUGUUUGUGAAUAUGAAACACAGGCGGCCACAUUUGACGUUUUAGUCUUAAAAGCGAAUUGCUUGCUCAAUGAUUUCUCGGGUCACGUGGACUCAGACAUUGUUUGGACUUAACUGCCAAUCAGCUGUGCGCAUUCCAGCUGAAAUUCUCUUGCGACUUUCUCAACGCCUGGGGGGGGGGGGGCAAGUUUGUGUUUCCAAUCGAACGUGACCAGCAAAUGAUCAAGUGGCUCGUUCGAAACGCCAAUAAAAAUAGCGUGAAUGCAA